AUGGUGGAAGCAAUCAGAUGUUAUUCAUGUGCAAAUGAUUUUAUUGUUUGGCACUGGAGACAUUUCUUUUUGAAACGAAAUUAUGGUAUUACAGCAAGUGACCAGAGCUGUGCUAAAUCGGAUUAUACACCUGAAAUAACGCAACUUUGUCCCUCAACCUGUUUCAUUAUGUAUCUGAAUGGUACCAACCGGCACAAUGGAGUAGUCACUAUUCUUGGAACCGUUCGCGGUUGUUCUUCGCAGUUCCUAACCAGAGACCAGCACUCGCAAAUAGGUCUUGGCCCACAUUCACGUGUUUCUCAAAUCGGCAAUUAUUUAUCAUCUGAAUUUGAUAUGUACGACAUAGCAGAACAUUGGUGUUUCUGUGCAACUGAUCAGUGCAAUGAGAAAAGUUGCUACAGUGCAAAUUCAUAUUCUGAAUCCACGUCAAAGCGACGUCAGCACUUUUUCGAUAAGUAUUUUUCCACCGAUGCUUCCAAUCAACCAACUUUAAGCUUAUACUUAAUCAUUUAUUUGUUAUCUACAACAACUAUGUGA